AUGCUCACGCUGAGCAAGCCCGUGAAAGAUGGCGGCCAUGGGAGCAACAUCCAUCUAACUGGAGGCGUGUGUCGCGGGGCGAACUGCAUACGCGUGCACAUACUCACAGCUUAUUUGAAGGAUGCGUGGCAGGAGGCAUGCGUUGAGCUACGCUCUUGCUUGCCCCGGCGCCGGCAAUUUUGUGGCGCCCGGACACGCAAGGAGGCGGCGCACAACCUUAUGAAAGACCUCGAGAUGAAGCGCUUCGAUGUAGCACGUGGAGUUGAGAGCGUAUCAAAGCAGAACCCAAUCAAGGCGUCGCUGGCAGAUCCAGAGCAAUCAUAUCCGACCGCUUAUUGGGCGUGGUGUUGGAAUGGGCCACGCUUCCCCGACGUAAUUGGAGAAAGUUGGGCACGCAGACGGAUCCAGCGACGUUGUCCCCAGGAAGAGGUUCGUGCUUUGCCACAGGAGGACGGUGCAACAUGGCAAGAUGCUAUUCGACUGCUCGCCGAGGCACAGCAGCUCCGCGCAGUGCCGAUAGAGGCCUACGAGGAGGCGGCAGAGCGAUGUAGGGAUGCGGCUCCUCUUCGUGUGGAAAGACUACUGGAAGAGGUCAAGGAAGCCAAGUUGAGCCCAAGCAGACGUCUUUAUCAAGCCGUGGUGGUGAGCUACGGUGAUGCCCAAAGUUGGCAGAAGGCGUUGCAUUGGCUGUUGGAAGCCCGACAGAGCGCCGGGCUCACAACUCAAAUGAUGAGCAGUUUCUUGCUGUCGUGCGUCAAGGUAGAGGAUUGGGAUUUGGCGUGGCCCCAGGCAUUGUAUUUGCUGGUGGACGCUUGUCCGCGGUGGGGCUUGGUGCCUUCCAGCGAGCACUUUGCUUUGGUGUUGCAAAGCCUCCCUCGGAACCAAGUCUCUUGGCGUAUUGCCACUGAGCUUCUGGCCGAGAUGAAACUGCUGGGCUUGCAAUACACUCCGCAGUGCUAUGGUGGUGCUGCCCAUACCUUUGCCCUUCGUAACUUGGCAGGGUCUGGAGCUUCGUGA